GUGACGUUACAGGACUGGGGAGGGAGGAAGUAAAAGAGGGAGCUGUGACUGUGGUACGUAUCUGAAAGCAAGUGUUAAAGAGGGAGAGGAGGACGCAUAAGCAAGCUGGUUUGACCAGAAACAGAACUGCCUGUGACAGAUUAAGAGACAAGCAAGGCUUGGAAUCUGAGAGCAAGCAAAGAGAGUGGAAAUUUACAGCUGCUCUAUGUGAGUGUUCAAGUGAUCAUUUUCUGGUAACGUUUUCCGGUGGUAACUGUUACUCUUCAAAGAGAGAGACAGAAAGUCAAGACAGAAUUGUGGAAACUCUUUUCUCUGCCACACUUGGUAAUAGGAGGCAACCUCUAUUAAAUGGACAAUAAAGGCUACUUCAUCUAAAGUGCUUUGAGCUCAAGAAAGAGCUGUCUUCAGCACCUCACCAUGUGUCUACGUUUUGUUGCUUAGACAAGCCAAGGCAUUUCUGUAACAUUUGCAUUCCAUACUGGAAGAAGAGAUUUCUACACAUGAAAAGAAUGCCUUUGUUUAGUAAAUCACACAAAAAUCCAGCAGAAAUUGUGAAAAUCCUGAAAGACAAUUUGGCCAUUUUGGAAAAGCAAGACAAAAAGACAGACAAGGCUUCAGAAGAAGUGUCAAAAUCACUGCAAGCAAUGAAAGAAAUUCUGUGUGGUACAAAUGAAAAGGAACCCCCGACAGAAGCAGUGGCUCAGCUGGCACAGGAGCUCUACAACAGUGGCCUGCUGGUGACACUGAUAGCUGACCUGCAGCUGAUAGACUUUGAGGGAAAAAAAGAUGUGACCCAGAUAUUUAACAACAUCCUGAGAAGACAGAUAGGCACUCGGAGUCCUACUGUGGAGUAUAUUAGUGCUCAUCCUCACAUCCUGUUUAUGCUCCUCAAAGGAUACGAAGCCCCACAGAUUGCAUUACGUUGUGGGAUUAUGCUGAGAGAAUGUAUUCGACAUGAACCGCUUGCCAAAAUCAUCCUCUUUUCUAAUCAAUUCAGAGAUUUCUUUAAGUAUGUGGAGUUGUCAACAUUUGAUAUUGCUUCAGAUGCCUUUGCUACUUUUAAGGAUUUACUAACCAGACAUAAAGUGUUGGUAGCAGACUUCUUAGAACAAAAUUAUGACACGAUUUUUGAAGACUAUGAGAAAUUGCUUCAGUCUGAGAAUUAUGUGACUAAGAGACAAUCUUUAAAGCUGCUAGGGGAGCUGAUCCUGGACCGUCACAACUUUGCCAUCAUGACAAAGUACAUCAGCAAGCCGGAGAACCUGAAACUCAUGAUGAACCUCCUUCGGGAUAAAAGUCCCAACAUCCAGUUCGAAGCCUUUCACGUUUUUAAGGUGUUUGUAGCCAGUCCUCACAAAACACAGCCUAUUGUGGAGAUUCUGUUAAAAAAUCAGCCCAAACUCAUUGAGUUUCUGAGCAGCUUCCAAAAAGAAAGGACGGAUGAUGAGCAGUUCGCUGACGAGAAGAACUACUUGAUUAAGCAGAUCCGAGACUUGAAGAAAACGGCCCCUUAACGAGCUCCCCGGCGCCCGUCACAGUCAUUCGUCUCAUUUGUCCAGUUUGUACAACAUGUCAUUUCAAAGUCAUCAUUCCUGGGAAGACUUUGGAGGUGCCUAUUUUUUCUGUUUUAAUUGUUCUGGGUAGACCGAAUAUAAACAUUUGAAUGGAAAAAAAUUAACCUAGAAUAAUAUAUUCAUUUUAUUCAA